UUGUGAUCAGAGCUCCGAAAUGGACGGACUGAAAACGUGAAAAUGCGCUUUGGAUUUUCUUGGCUAGCAGUCGGCGUGUGCCUACUUUUCCACCCAAAUGUGAACCUUAACCUGGCGCAGUCGGCCAACAUCCUGGCCAUAUUUCCAUUCCACUACGGUUCUCCUUUUUUGGUGGCGCGACCUCUGAUUAAGACCCUAGUGAAACGAGGAUACAAUGUAACCUUGAUCUCACCACAGGGCUUGCCACCCAAUAUCAAAGGAGUUCGACAUAUACGCGUUCACAAACUCAAUAAAAGGAUGCAAGAAAUAAUCGAGACUGACAAAAUUUUGGAUUUCUUGAUUAACAAAUGGAUGGAGAGCAUUAUGGCUGCCACAAUGUACUUCAAUAUGUGCCAGGAUAUCCUGAGCGACGAUGGCGUUCAGAGAAUGCUCAAAGACAAAAGGGAGCACUUUGACCUUAUCAUGAUGGAUGCCAGCAACCUGGAUGCACUUUACGGCCUGGUGGAGUAUUACAAUGCCACUCUGAUUGGCCUAACCAGUAUAAGUGUCAACUGGUACACCGAAGAGCUAGCUGGCAAUCCCGCGCCCAGCAUCUAUGAACCUAUCUCUCAAAUAGGAUACUCCAGGGACCAUUCUAUACUGAGUAGAAUUUACAACUGGAUUCACAUUAAUGAGGAGAGGUUGAUAGAGCAUCUGGUCAUUCUACCAGCUCAACUGCAGGUCUUCAAAAAGUUCUUUGGCUACUCGGACCAGAAAUUCUAUGAACUGCGUAACAGGUUCUCCGUGAUCUUGGUUAAUAAUCACUUCAGUUUGUGCAGGGUGCGAUCUAAUGUGCCCAACCUCAUCGAGGUGGGUGGUUUACAUCUGAGCGAAUCCCCAGAACCAUGUGACAAGGAGUUGCAGAAAUUUAUGGACGACGCAGAAAACGGUGUCAUCUACUUCUCCAUGGGCCUGGACAUAUUGGUAAAGUUUCUUCCGGAAAAUCUUCAGCAAACACUGGUGAAGUCACUCGCAAAGCUAAAGCAGCGGGUUGUUUGGAAGAACGAGAUCUUUAGUAUGCCUAACAAGUCGGAAAACAUAUAUGUGAUUGAAAAAUCGCCUCAACGACAUAUUCUGGCACAUCCCAAAGUCAGACUUUUUAUUACAAACGGAGGUCUCUUGAGUGUUAUGGAGGCGGUGGACAGUGGAGUUCCCAUGCUGGGACUACCAAUCUUUUUUGACCAGUUUGGUAAUUUGCGAUGGGGCCAGACAGCAGGCAUGGCCGAGGUAUUGGACAUAAACAACCUUAAGGAAGAAACUCUAACCAACACCAUUCGGGAGCUGAUUGAUAACCCCAAGUACACUCUGAGGGCUAAGAAAAUGUCGAAAACUUUUAAUGAUCGACCCAUGAGUCCCUUGGAUACGGCGGUUUGGUGGACGGAGUACGCUUUGCGAAAUCGGGAUGUAUCACACAUUCGUCUAAAAGUGGAGGAGAUUCCACUUUUCCUCUACUAUAGAAUAGACCACAUUGUCCCUUUUUUCCUUCGAUUUGGAUUGAUCGCGGCAUCGGUGAUCUUUUUGGGCUUAGUUUUCUUCAGAAAAUGUGUGUAAGGCGAUUUAAUAAAUCGAAUGUAUUUCAACCUUAGAAUAAAGUGAAAAAUGGUUAAUCUUUUAGCCGUGUC